UCGUGCACGUUCCUUCUGGGGCUAUGUUGCUGCAAGCUAGGGGAAACUUGACAGAUUUCUACACAUUUCAGGUGUUUUUAUUAUUUUAUUUUGUGUUUGGAAACCGAAUCAAGGAUCUGAAAUGAUAACUGUCCCAUCCAUCACAGAGGAUUGAACUGAGGUUAACGACUGUGUCCCAUCAGUGAGACACCCUGUAACCAUUGCAUAAUGAAGUCAAACCACUGAAGACAAUACUUGGCAGACUGUCUUGGCAGAUGUCACAUUGGCCCAAAUGGCCUCAAUGGAGAGAAAACAGCCGAUUCUCACUCCAUUCGUUCCACGGCGCAACGCUGUGAGGAAAACAAGUGCAGAAAUAGUCAGUGAAGCCAGACAGUCCCUGCGAGUCCAGUCCACCCAGCGACCGUUCACUCCCAGAGAUGGACACAGGCAACUUUUUGGAAAGAGCUCUGCUGGUGUAGACCGUGACAACCGACCUCCAUCUACCUUCAGCCUUCAUGCACAAAACUUUGAAUUUCCCGACUCGAGGCCAGGCUCAGGGACUCGCCUCUCUCCUCUGGACCAUAAGCCACAUUUGCCAGUUCCCUGCGAUGAUGAGGAUCCAUUCAAGGCGUUUCCAAAACCCCCCGCUGACCCUCUGGAAGCGAAGAAGCGGCAGCCACGGACGAGGGCCCGCCUCCUCAGAGCUGGAUCUCUCACCACACUGUCCCCUGUAGAGGGACACAAAGAUGUGAAAGAGCGAGUAAACCCAGGCCCGGGACAAAAGCAAGCGUCACUUAAACGACUCCCCAGUUCUGACCACACCGAGGCCCGCGGUGGUCCUCACAAACCUGGCCCACGCAGAGCAGCAAGUGAAAGCAGAAUAAAGCAGCCUGGUGUCAGCUCCAGCGUUAGACCUACAGAGUGCAGAGCAGGACAGACAACAGAGCUGGGGAAUGGAGACGAAACCAAGAGGAAGAAGGACGAUGCAGAGUCAUUGGUGUGGAAUAAUAGGAUUGCUCCUCUUCUCCAACAACUAGAGAGUAUGGCUGCAGGCAGCUCCGAGGGCUCGGUGGACCCUCUGUGUGAUGUGUGUGACCGUCUCCAUGGCACCUUGGCAGAAGCGGACAUGCUCGGCCGGCGCUGUAAGAGGAGGUCAGGGAUACUUCGAACGCUGUUUCGCCUCAUCGACCUCCACUCUGCCCGGCUCAACCUGCACAUCUCCACGCUCUGCCUCGCUCUGUGUGUCAGUGGAAACAAUCUGCUCAACAUCUGUAAGCUCAUCUUCCAGAUCAGCCGCAGUGAAAGCAACGACAUCCUCUUUCAGAACAACUCCAUCAUAGACUCGUUUCUGGGCGUUUUGAGCAAAGAGGAUGUGUCAUCAUCUGGAGAAGCUCUGCUGUACUGUGUUGGGACUCUGAAAUUUCUCUCAGGAAACAGUGAGAUCCUCAGACUCCUACUGGACAAGAACUGUGUUGGUGUGGCUCAGAAACUCAUCCAGAGGCUCUGCACGGCACGAGAAACAAACUUCACCACAUCAGGGCACAUCCUCGUACAGCUGACGGCAGCCUUGAGGAACCUUGCAGAUCACCCUGAUGCCCGUCCACUCUUUGUCUCCUUCUCUAUACUGUCAGAGCUCUUUGUGGUGCUGCGUCUUCACCACAAAGACCCAGACAUCUGCACCAACAUCUCCAGGAUAUACAGUAAACUCUCCUCUUACUCGGAGUGCCGUCUCGCUCUGGCCCAGACCCCCGACUGCUACCAACUAUUAUUAGAACUGCUGAGCAAACAUCACCAAAAACAGGACCUUGUUGUGCGACUUCUCUUCACCCUCGGGAACCUCACAGCCAAAAGCGAUGAGGCUCGGCUGCAGCUCUUCCAGGUCGAGGGCUGCAUGGACACGCUCCUGCAGCUGUACGUCACGUACCAGCACAGAAACCGCCCUCCACUCCCACAGACAGACCCCCCUCCCCUCAGCAGGCCUCAGGCAGCCCCAGCGAGCGUGCAGGAGGAGGAAGACGUGCUGGUGAAGCUGGUGAGGGUGCUGGCCAACAUGUGCAUCCACCCAGCUGUAGGUCCAGCUCUGGCUACCAACACAUCCUGCAUUCAGCUGCUGGUGGAGACACUUGAGUUGAAAACUGUGCUGGAAAGCGAAGAGUUAAUGGUGAAUGUGGCCGCCACCAUCAACAACCUGUCCUUCUACCAGGAGGAAAGCUCUGCACUCAGGCGCAGUCAACUCACCAUCGCAAAGUUGAUGCUGAAGUUGGUGCUCAGCUCAAGUAUGGACGCCAUGCUUGAGGCCACUCGUGUGUAUGGAAAUGUGUCACAGUCCAAGGAUGUACGGGACUUUAUUAUGCAAAACAAAGUGCACCAGUUUGUAGUGACGCUGCUCGACUCAAAAAGCACUGAGAUGUGUUUUGCAGCCUGCGGGGUCCUCACCAACCUGACGCUGGACCCCCCCAACAGGCUCAGUCUCACAGUGGAGGGGGCUGAUGCCAAGCUUGUGGAUUGUCUGAGAGACUUCGGAGCAGGUGAUUGGCAGCUGGCGGGCCAGGUUUGUCAGGCGUUGUGGAACAUGAGCGGCGGCGGCUCAGAGACGUUGCUGGACACACAGGAGAGAGAGUCGCUGGUGGAGAUCCUCACUACAUACUUAGAUGAAGAGGAGGCUCUGAGGUGGAUAGAGAAUGAAGACAUCAAGGACUACCAUAGGGCAUGCUGGGAGUUAGAGUUCUUACCUGCAGCUCAAAAACUGCUGAAGUCUCUCCAGCCUCUGGAUUGGACAGCCUGAUGAAUGUUGUGGUUGUUUUAUGAUGUUGAAGCCUUAGCAUUGUUUUUAACUCUCAUAUACAAAAACCUAAACUAACUUCACUAUUUAACAUUAUCCCCUGUCGGUGUAGAGAAAGCUUUCUUUAUUAAUGGAGGGCAUAAGGUAAGGUCAGCAUGAAUUCAUUUCAGUCACAGUGGAUUUUCUCGGUAGUUUUGAAGGCAAAAAAAGUCAAAACACCUUUUAAAUGUCUCAAGCCACUACUGCAGCAUCCUUUAAUGCUACCCUUUCUAGGACACGUUUGUCAUGAUUUAGCAAAAAUGAUGGCAAUUUCUCACAGUUCAUACUGACUAUUGCUCUUUGCUAUUUAUUGGUGAGAUUUUCCAUGAUACUAGAAACCUUUUGCAGACCGUUUUUAGGCCAAAAGAUAAGCAGCAAGUCAUAUUCAAAACAAUUACAAAUGUCUGAUGAAUGAAAUAAUGCUAAAUAAAAGAAGCAGGGUAAAUCUGAUAAAUGAUACAGUUUGUGAGUAUACUUUGUUUCUCAAUUAUUUGUCUCUAUAAACAUGUUCUGCGUAGCUUUUUAAUCACUCUGCGUCUUAAGAAUAACAACAGCUUAACUUUGUAUGCACUUUAAUUCCCAUAAAGCUAGCAGAAGCCUUGACUUGGGUAAUUUCAGAUGUACUUUUAUACAAGCUGCACAUUUAUAUAACAGACGUUAUCUGUUUUGUUAGCUGACUGCGUUGUAAAGGUUCUUUUAUGAUAAUGUAGUCUUGAAAAACAGAUGACUAACUUGGAAUUUACCUUAAGUAAAUGUUUCAUUGUGCAGGGAUUUUGUGACACUGAAACUUGUACAUAAUAAAGAAACAAGUGGAAAAACAGAGUUUGCUUCUCAUGGCCUUUUUUAUUACACAGAUAUGGGGCCAGGCAGUGCUUACAAGAUACACCAAGUACACCUAAAGUACAGCAUUUCAAAAUCACAUGGUUAUUACAUUGAGACAAAUCACAAAUGGCACUUAAUGUAAAGACCCAUAUUGUCAUUUCCCCCAGUUUUCACACUAUAGAGACCUUUAAACAACCACAAGACAAGCCGAUGUUUCAAAAAACGCCAAAUGAUUCUUUAGCCAGAGCUAAUAACAAACAUUGUUCUCCACAUUAAGUUUCUCACGUUGAUAUGAAAGACAGCCGGCUGGCUGAUGCCAAGGUUUCCUUUUUCAUUUAUCAUCUGGAGGAACCGAAAAAGUGAAGGCAGUUUAGGAUAACACUAAGUUUCUCUGGUGAGUGAGAACAAAACACACAGGCCUCGAUAAGAAACACCCUGAACUUCAGACAGAUAACAAGCCUCACCAGGGAAAUUUAGGUUUUUCCCAGUGAGGUGAUAGCGAGGCAAAUAGAAAAGAGAGGUAAAGUUUCCUACAAGGGAUUCCCCCUUAUCUCAAAUUAUUGGUCAGGAGCAAAGAGAAACUUUGACCUUGACGGCUCCACAGAGCAGGGCUCUGGUUCUCAGUGAGUCAUACAUGAUGAGUCCCGGGACCUUACUGAUGACAGGCUGAGUUCAGAUCGUUGUGGAUGUAGUCAGCCUUAUUAUCAAAGAGCUGAGUGUACGUUGGAGCAUAAGGUGAUGGAACAACUCCCCACCUCUUCUCAUGAGUCAUCUCACCAUUAUUUCACUUUCUAAACUCAAACGGUGGAAGUGAACCAAUGCUGAUUGUGCUGCGAGUCUUUUAUUCCUGAAUUGUGUCGGCCUCUCCACGUCUAAUAUAAUCUCCUCGAUGAAGCAGUGAAAUCAAAUUGUUAAGGAGAAAACUACGAAUGAUACACAACAAUUCAAUAUCAGUUUGUUUUUUUCAUCUUUUUAAUAUAUUUUCAUAUAAAAAGUGUCAGUCACUGACAUCAGUCAGAAGUUUGAAAGAAAAAAAAACCUCCACUUCCUCUCAAACCACUUCCAAAUGUACCAUUCUUUUAUCAUCACCCUCCUCCUCCUCCUCCUCUUCACUCAUUCACCUGUCUGACUCUCAAUCCACCCUCAGAAGAAUGCAGUACUUUACUGGUUUUAGUAAACAAAAAACAAAACAGCAGAGGCUUCACACCUCUGUUCAAAGUAAAAAAAAAAAGCUUCUUUCGCACUGGUUAGACUUCCCCAGCAGGGAAAUAAGCACAGCUACAACAUUUUGCGUUCGACAGGUAAUCGACCGCAGUCGGCCCUGUGUGGGCCCAGGGUCCCAAAACAAAGGGAACACGGCGCCCGGUAAGAGUCUCUGCUCACCAAAGAGCAUUUCUUAUAAGUUUUAUAGAGAAAGACAUAAGAGGUAUUCAUUUACUGGUAAAUUCACAAUCCAAAGCUUUGAAAGUGUUAGGAUGACCAGGCAGCUGGGAUAAGCGGAAGACAGAUAAUGUGUGGUCAGGGCAACCGGAAGCAAAUCCCCCCGGAAACCUGGUUUCUAACUUUCUUUUUGAUUAGCUUUUUUUUUUUUAACAUCCCCAUUACCAGAAAAAAAAAAAAAAAAAACA